AAUUACGUGAAACGAUUCGAAUAUCUGGAUUCGCCAAUUGCACGAUUCAUGGGCGAAAACGAAGGAUUGCGAGGAAAUCUAGGACGACUGAAUGAGGCUAUAAAACAGAAACGUUUCGAAGGAAUACAGGACUUCAGCAGCUUCGAGGAUCCGUACACGAAAAGAACCAGUCUUAAACGGCUUGCCAUAUUAAGUGCGAGAGGUUUCGGGAAAAAGUGA